AUGGAUAGCUCAGCUCCACUCUGCGUGGUCUCUCAGCCUCCAGCAGGUCACCUCUUGGUUGACCUGGAAGAGGAAAAGAAAACAUGCAUGGUGGCUGUCCUACUGGCCAAAGCUAAUCAUGUGGAGAAUAUAUCCAAAGGGAAUGAAUUCAGGGGGCGCUCGCAGCACGCGCGCUCUCCAACUCUAGCGUGGGCCGGGCGCCCUCCCCAGACCAGGCGGCAUAGAACGUCCAGAGCCCGGGCCAAGGGCAGGACUCGCAGCAACGCCCCCGCGUGUCUCGGCGCGGAUGUCAGCUCCAAGGGCGUGGCGGGACCCGGCGCCCUGAGGCCCAGCGGGAGACGCUCAGGCUCCCGGGGACCACUUCUGAGGAAGCCAGUCAUCCCUCGAGGCAGUUAUUUGCAAGCCGGAGCGAGAAGGGUGCGGGGCCAGAGGGCUCCCCGCAGCCGCCCACCCGGCCCUCUGGGAGCCGAGUCCUGCCUGGAGCAGGAAAACUGGAGCAGGAGCGCCCCGAGAGCUCGAGGACGGCGGGGAAAGUUAGGGGCCGGGGGCGCCGAGCCGCCAGCUCACGGCCGCCGCCGGUGUCCGCGCCUCAUGAAUAUGCAGGAGCCGCCUCCCCCCGUCCGUGACGUCACGGGCCGUCCCGGGGUGAGCGACGGAGCCGCUCAGGCGAGCGAGCGAGCGAGCGGCGCGGCGACGGACACCGGAGACCGAGCGCGGCGGCUCCCGAAGCGCACCCAGCGGCAGGGCGAGGCGGCCCGCGGCCCGGCGCGCACCGGAAGGGGAGAGCCCGUGCGGGCAAUAGGCGGCGGCGGCGGCAGCGCAGACGCGGCGGCGGCGAGGAUGCUGACCGGGAGGCUGUGGGUGCCGCUCCUGCUGGCGCUGGGCGUGGGGAGCGGCAGCGGCGGCGGGGACAGCGGGCGGCGCCGCCUCCUCGCGGCUAAAGUGAACAAGCACAAGCCAUGGAUUGAGACUUCAUAUCACGGAGUCAUAACAGAGAACAACGACACAGUCAUUUUGGACCCACCAUUGGUCGCCCUGGAUAAAGAUGCACCAGUUCCUUUUGCAGGAGAAAUCUGUGCAUUCAAGAUACAUGGCCAGGAGUUGCCCUUUGAGGCCGUGGUGCUCAACAAGACAUCUGGAGAAGGCCGGCUCCGUGCCAAAAGCCCCAUCGACUGUGAGCUGCAGAAGGAGUACACGUUCAUCAUCCAGGCCUAUGACUGUGGCACAGGGCCCCGGGAGACAGCCUGGAAGAAGUCUCACAAGGCUGUGGUCCAUAUCCAGGUGAAGGACGUCAAUGAGUUUGCUCCCACCUUCAAAGAGCCGGCCUACAAGGCUAUUGUGACGGAGGGCAAGAUCUAUGACAGCAUCCUGCAAGUGGAGGCCAUCGAUGAAGACUGCUCCCCCCAGUAUAGCCAGAUUUGCAACUAUGAAAUUGUCACGACUGAUGUGCCUUUUGCCAUCGACAGGAAUGGCAACGUCAGAAACACGGAGAAGCUGAGCUAUGACAAGCAGCACCAGUAUGAGAUCCUAGUAACCGCCUACGACUGUGGACAGAAGCCCGCCGUGCAGGACACCCUGGUGCAGGUGGACGUGAAGCCAGUUUGCAAGCCUGGCUGGCAAGACUGGACCAAGAGGAUUGAGUACCAGCCUGGUUCAGGGAGCGUGCCCUUGUUCCCCAACAUCCACCUGGAGACGUGCGACGGGGCCGUGUCCUCCAUCCAGAUCACCACAGAGCUGCAGACCAACUACAUUGGGAAGGGCUGUGACCGGGAGACCUACUCUGAGAAGUCCCUUCAGAAAUUAUGUGGAGCCUCCUCUGGCAUCAUUGACCUCUUGCCAUCCCCCAGUGCUGCCACCAACUGGACCACAGGACUGCUGGUGGACAGCAGUGAAAUGAUCUUCAAGUUCGAUGGCAGGCAGGGUGCCAAGAUCCCUGAUGGAGUUGUGCCCAAGAACCUGACCGACCAGUUCACCAUCACCAUGUGGAUGAAGCACGGCCCCAGCCCUGGUGUGAGAGCCGAGAAGGAAACCAUCCUCUGCAACUCAGAUAAAACUGAGAUGAACCGGCAUCACUACGCGCUGUACGUGCACAACUGCCGCCUCGUCUUUCUCUUGCGCAAGGACUUUGACCAGGCAGACACCUUCCGCCCCGCGGAGUUCCACUGGAAGCUGGACCAGAUUUGUGACAAAGAAUGGCAUUACUAUGUCAUCAAUGUGGAGUUUCCUGUGGUCACCUUAUACAUGGAUGGAGCAACGUAUGAACCAUACCUGGUGACUAACGAUUGGCCCAUUCAUCCAUCUCACAUUGCCAUGCAACUGACAGUCGGCGCUUGUUGGCAAGGAGGAGAAGUCACCAAGCCACGCUUUGCUCAAUUCUUCCAUGGCAGCCUGGCCAGUCUCACCAUCCGCCCUGGCAAAAUGGACAGUCAGAAGGUGAUUUCCUGCCUGCAGGCCUGCAAGGAGGGGCUGGAUAUUAAUUCCCUGGAAAGCCUGGGCCAAGGAAUAAAGUAUCAUUUCAACCCCUCGCAGUCUGUCCUGGUGAUGGAAGGUGAUGACAUCGGAAAUAUCAACCGUGCCCUCCAGAAGGUCUCCUACAUCAACUCCAGGCAGUUCCCAACUGCGGGUGUGCGGCGCCUGAAAGUCUCUUCCAAAGUCCAGUGCUUUGGAGAAGAUGUGUGUAUCAGCAUCCCUGACAUGGAUGCCUACGUGAUGGUGCUGCAGGCAGUCGAGCCCCAGAUUACCCUCCACGGCACAGACCGCUUCUGGAGACCCGCUGCCCAGUUUCAAAGUACCAGAGGGGUGAUCCUCUUCCCUGACAUCAAGAUUGUGAGCACCUUUGCCAAAGCUGAGGCUCCCAGUGACUUGAAGACCACAGCCCCCAAAUCAGCAGUUUUAGAAGAAAUGCUUCACAACUUAGAUUUCUGUGACAUUUUAGUGCUGGGAGGGGACUUGGACCCCAGAGAGGAGUGCUUGGAGCUCAACCACAAUGAGCUCCACCAGCGACACCUGGACGCCACCAACUCCACAGCAGGUUACUCCAUCUACGGUGUGGGCUCCAUGAGUCGCUACGAGCAGGUGCUGCGUCACAUCCGUUACCGCAACUGGCGUCCAGCUGCCCUGGAGUCCCGGCGCUUCAGGAUCAAGUGCUCAGAACUCAACGGGCGCUACACUAGCAAUGAGUUCAACCUGGAGGUCAGUGUCCUCCAUGAGGUCAGAGUCUCGGACACUGAGCACGUCAACCACCUUAUCGCACAGCCACCCUUCCUCCAGUCCAUCCACCACCCGGAGUCCCAGACUAGCAUCCAGCACAGUUCAGUGGUCCCAAGCAUUGCCACAGUGGUCAUCAUCAUCUCCGUGUGCAUGCUAGUGUUUGUCGUGGCCAUGGGCGUGUACCGGGUCCGGAUCGCUCACCAGCACUUCAUCCAGGAGACUGAGGCUGCCAAGGAAGCAGAGAUGGACUGGGAUGAUUCUGCGCUCACUAUCACAGUCAACCCCAUGGAGAAACAUGGAGCCCCAGGGCGUGGGGAAGAGGAGACCGAGGAAGAGGAGGAGGAGGAAGAAGCGGAGGAAGACCUUAGCUCCAGCAGCAGCGAGUCGGCGGGCAGUGACGAGGAGGAGGAGGAAGGGUCGGGUAGGGGCAGACACGGUCAGAGUGGAGCCAAGAAAGCCCAGCUGGAGUGGGACGACUCCACCCUCCCCUACUAGUGCCCGGGGCCACGCCCACCCGCCUGUCCGUUUUGUAAGCCCCGCCCCGAUGUACGCCGCAGCCUAUCACAUGUCACCUCUGAUUUCCAUGAUGGUCCGCGCAGGCCUUCCCCAGCAUUCUGGAACCCACGUUUUACGCCCUGGGCUCAGCUCGUGUCCCAGUCCUGGGGCAGUUUCCAGAAGCCCAGCGUCAUCCUCAGUGGGAACUUCAGGGUGAACGUUUUCCUGUGACACCCACUUCUCUGGCCCAGGGCUCACCCAGCAUUCUGUUAACCAGAUCUGUGGGUUCUCUCUGUUUGGUCUUCCCAGUAGGGGAGAAGAUCAGCCUUUAUGUUGCUCCCCAACUUGGGGGCUCUGCGUCCCCAGGGCUCUUAAGUUCCAACCCACUGUGUGAGCGCGGACUCCAUGUUCUCUCCAAACAGUCUGGCAGAUUCUCCUCACCUGACUCUCUAGGCCGCUUCCUACAGGCAGGGUAGUCAGACUCCACACCCCGGAGGUCUAAGUCCUCUGCACGUCAAAGGAACAUCCUUACCCAGGUGGAAUUAAGUUUGCAGGACAGGUUUGCUUGGGCUCCCCUCACCCCACACACACAUCCGCUCUCUCAUUUUGGAGAGCCUUUUCCUUUGUUCUUCUUGAGGCCAUAGAAGCUUAUAUGAAAAGUCCAAAACCAAGAAUAGGUCCUUGGCCACAGCAGGGUCUGGUUCCUGCCAAAGUGCUCUGAAAAUCUGCCUUGCUGGCGGCCACUGAGACCCGCAGGGCUGCCCUGCUGGCAGCUCGCACCACAGGACACCAUGGAGACCAGAAAGCAUUCCACACAGCUACUGCCCCCGGCAGCAACUGAGACAGACCUACAACUGGGGAGCAGAAGGAAGGGCUGAGGAGAAGUACGGCUGGGCUGCAUGGUGGACACAGCUGCGUGAUGAGGGUGGCUGGGCCCUCCCAGGCCAGAAGGUGGCCCCAAAGUGGACAAGGCUCUCACCA